AUGUUGCGGAGGAGGAGGCGGAAGAGGGAGAAGAAAUGAGAGGAGAAGGCCGCAGCUCCGAAGCUCGCGAGGACUCUGUGAGCGAUAAGCAUAACCACAUCCGUACUCCGUACAUAUCAUCACUCUCCUUAACCUUGCGCUCGCCACCUCCUUCUUGUCCCAUCCCAUGUAAGACUCUAUCUGCCAUCUCACCUGGGUGGGAGGGAGGUAUGGUCGUUGGAUGCCGCCUAUCCCGCUAGUGUGGGGGGACCUCUCUGGUUUGUGCCGUCCAUGGUCGUUCUGUUGCCGGGCAGGUAUCGAGUUUCUCCCAGCAAAAUCUGUCAUUAAAUUCGAAGCCGGGGGCCUAGGCACAUUAUUGAUAGUGAGCGACCUCUCUGUGGUAAUUGGUAAAGACGUGGGGGGACGAUGGGAGAGUACAACUUACCUUAGUCAGCGAGCGGUUUCCAACGGCCAAUACAACCGUAACCGCAUUGCCCCCAAAACUUCUGAGCUCCUCCUCCUCACCUCCUCCCCUUUAAGGUUGUGUACACCUACCCCGCACAGCUCCCCCCCUGUCGAGAGAGGAAGCUCCAGGGUAGCUUCGACAGCUUCCGCUUUCCUUCCCACACCCAUUUCCAACCUGUCGUUGCCCCUCGCGCUCGACACGGCAGGUCCGCGUGGCCAAGGCGUGGGGGGAAGAAGAGGGGAGGCUACUUGGUGACUUACUUCACUUCACUUACUCCGUAGGAAUGGCCUCAAGGGGACCGCUCAGCUCCCUCCAGUCCCAUCUCCGACAAGAGUGUGACCUCCACCAGUCGCAC